UUCGCGCUGCCCGGUCCCCAACCUUCCUCCGGGGAGGGCCCGGCCGUGGGGCGCGGGUGCGUUGCGUGGCCGCCGGCCCAGGGCCCGGUCCCCUCGCGCUGUCCCCACUCGGGGCCACCGCUCCCUCCCGGACCUGACGCGCCCAAGGGUCGGUCCUGUGUUUCUCCUGGAGGCCGCUGUUGGUUUUCGAGUCUCUAGAUUUGGGUCACGGGUUUCCUGACUCUCCGUCACCUCCCCCCUCGCCUCCUCAGAAGUCCCCACCGAGUGCCGCCGCGGCCCGAGCGCCCCUCCGCCUAUCAAUCCCGACGCCGCCCGGACUGGGGGGCCACACUCUCUGCGCUACCUCUUCAUGGGCGCCACCGUGCCCGACCUGGGGCUGCCCCUGUUUGAGGCCUUGGGCUACGUGGACGACCAGCUGUUCGUGUCCUACGAUCACGAGACUCGCCGUGCAGAGCCCCGAGCCCCGUGGGCCUGGGGAGGGGCGGCUGGGCAGCUGUGGCUGCAGCUGAGUCAAGGCCUGAAGGGGUGGGACCACAUGUUCACAGUGGACUUCUGGACCAUCAUGGACAACCUCAACCACAGCAAGACGAUGAAGCCCGGGGCGCCGCCAGCGUCCCACACCCUGCAGGUGAUCCUGGGCUGUGAGAUCCUCGAGGACAACAGCACCAGGGGCUUCUGGAAAUACGGCUAUGACGGGGAGGACCACCUUGGAUUCUGCCCCAAGACGCUGAAUUGGACGGCGGCAGUGCCCGAGGCCCGGGCCACCAAGCUGGAGUGGGAAGUGAGCAGGAUCCGGGCCAGGCAGAACAGGGCCUUCCUGGAGAGGGACUGCCCGGAGCAGCUGCGGAGGCUCCUGGACCUGGGGGCGGGGCUCCUGGACCAGCUAGUUCCCCCUUCGGUGACGGUGACUCGUCACGUGGCCUCCGCAGUGACCACUCUUCAGUGUCGGGCUCUGAACUUCUACCCCCCCAACAUCACCAUGAGGUGGCUGAAGGACAGGCGGCCACUGGAUGCCGGGGACGGGGACGUGCUUCCCAACGGGGACGGGACCUACCAGGGCCGGGUGGCCGUGUCCGUGCCCCCAGGGGAGGAGCGGAGGCACGCCUGCCACGUGGAGCACCCGGGCCUGGAGCAGCCCCUCACUGCCACCUGGGAGCCCUCGGUGUCCGGCCCCCUGGUCGUCGGAGUCAUCAGUGGGGUUGCCGUUGGUGCCAUCGUCCUCUUGACUGGAGUUGUGUUUAGAUCCCGACGGAAGAGGCAGGCUUCCCGUGCAGCCCCCGGGGACUACGUCCUGGCCAAAUGCGGGUGAAGGGCCGCCUGCAGCCCCGCUGGGCAGGAGAGAGGCCAAGACUCCGGUGCACUGGUGGGUUUCUUGGUGUUUGAGGACAGAACUGGCCCAGGAACUCCCUGCCCUUCGCCGUCCCCUGUUCACGUUUGUGACUUCCUAUGGGCCGGCAGCCCCUACAGUGACCGCUGCCAGAGCGGCUGCCUGCGUCUUCGGCUGCCUCCGGAGCCCAGCCCAGGCUCCACACACCUGCGUCAGGUCAUCUCCUACCUCUGCGGUGAAGCUCCAGAAAUUUCAGGGACCGCCACUCCUUCGGAACGUGUGGGAAGAGCUGUGGACCUCCUCAGGGCAGGCACUCGCCUAUUGCUGCCGUUCACACAUCCAGGCUUUUUUCCUGGACCCGGUGCAGUUUCCAUGCAAUCCUCUCUGCAUUCCAAUAACUCCCCCGCCCCCACGCCCCCGUGGUGUGGAUGCUUCCACCAGAGAGUGGGUCCGGGUCACGGCCAAGGCGAAAGGGGAGGAGGCACCCCUUCCAGAACAGGUAUCCUGCACGUUGGUGUGCUUUAAGAUAAUUUCCCAGGAAGUGGGUGGGAAGCGUGUUGAGGAGGGCGCCUUCGGUCUGGCGCGUGGAGUGGUCACCCGGGUUUCCCAGACCAGCGGUGGCCACGGCACACGGCCUCUGUGCUGUGCGGGGCUCCGCGUGGAGCAGUGAUUUUCCCGUGGUCUCUGCUGACUCUUUCCCCGUGUUCUGACCACGAACAUGCUGACAGUAGCUCCACUUACACAAAAGCACAUGUUGGAAACAGGCUCCGUUUCAAGUCUGUGGGGAACAUCGGUCUUACUUGGAAACAUUUGCUUGGUAGAUGUGGCUACACUUACCAAAAACACACUGACUUGGAAACAGACUCGGUCCAGAGCACCUACGUAUAUGCAUUUCUUCAUAUGAUUCUUACAAUAAUUCUUUGACAUGAGAACUAUCUUUGUCUUUAGUGAAGAAAGCGAAGCACAACUUGCCAGAGAUGGAGACAAGUGGGUCUGAUCUCACCCAUCCCUCCCACUGCGUUUAGACGCCCGGCUUCGUGGACUGAAUGGAAGGGAAGAGCCGUGGUCACAGAUGCCGAUGCUCUCACCUCCUGGUCUUUGUUCUCCGGGAGCUGGGCCCACACGCCUGCGGGGCGACAGCAGCCAACAGUGUCAGCCAGACUUCCUCUCCAGGUCCUGUGGGGAGGGUCCUGGCAUGUGCUCUCCCUGCCUGUGCUCUCGGGCGUCCAGGCCACGGCUGUGACUGCUGGUGGCACUGAGUGGCUGUGUGCUGCACCUCACAGUGCCCUCCCUACAGCAGUGCCUCCGCCGUCAGACCCCUGGUGGCUUUUCCCUCCACAAGCUGGAGCAACCUCUGUUGUAUUAAACCUGGUAAAACGAAGCCACCGAAUGGCCUGGAAGGUCCCCAGCAUCGUCCUGGGGUUCCUGGGAGUCUGGUUCUCGUCCCCAGCUGUGCACAUCCAAAAAUUUAAUCUAACCAGCCUCUCAGGAAUGAGCAGACUAUGGUGCAGUGGCUCGUCCGACUCUGUGUGAGGAGUUCAAGUGCAAAUGCCUCAGCUAUGCACCAUCUCGGUGCCACCGCCUGUCUUUGGCAGCAAAGCUGUGGCCUGAGGCGUUCUGUGUCAGAGGGCAGGUGCCUUGAGAGACCAAGUAGAACUCAGAAGUUUGCUGGUAUGGACUUAAUUUGGGCAAAGAGAUUUCAACUAUUUAAAAUAAUUUUUUUCCUGGUUGCAAAAGUUAAGUGGAUAAGGGGAUAUGUAAUGUGAGCUUACAUUAGAAAAAUUGAAAAUGAAUUAAAUAGAAACUGCCAUUCCACUAGCCAAUGAUGAGCUCUUAAUAAUGUCUGCUACUCUCAGGAUUGCUAUGAAAUCUAUGAAGGCAUCAAAUGCGUCUGUUUUAAUAAACACAUGGUAAGUGUG